AUGGAUGAGGAAGUCGUCGCGGUUGGUCACGACGUACAAGUCGUCGACCCAGAUGUGCGAAACUACGUCUAUGGUCUGGUCACUGCCCUCGGAGGCUUCAAUGGCGAAGAUGCCGAUCGAUACGUGCUCGGAGACGAUGCCCUGGCUUGUCUCCGCGAUAUCAAGCGCUGGCUGAAACUCUACGACGAAAAGAACAACCGAAUGGAUGUGGCGCGGUGCCUGGGAGAGGCCAAUGUGGUUAGUGGUGAUUUGCUUCCAAUCCUCACCCUUUGGUGGGGCACUGGACAGAAGAGCAAGCAUAUGACUAGGAUUGCGUUGGCCUGCUUGGAACUACUCGUUCCGUUGACAUGGCCGCUGGAGAUUCACAGCCAGAUGACUGUCAACCAUCACCGCCACACUCCCUACCUUCUCCAAGCGCAAGUACAACACAAGCGAGGCAUCUUGAAGGCCGGCGGCUCGAACCUCUUGCGCGCGGCUGUACGAAUCGCGCUUCCAAGCAUGGCAGUCCCUCGAUCUGAACGUGAAUCUCGAGACGAAGGAAUCCUGAAGUUGAUGCUGUACUUCCUACGCAAUGUUGCUAUCAUAUCACCAAACUCCAGACUGGCUGCCGAGGGAGAUGAGGAGGAGACAUCGAGAUCAUCGACAAUCAAUGCUUUCCACCAGCAAGAUGCCCUGGCACUCAUUUUGACCAUGUGCUCCAACGUGGGGGACGAUUUCAACCUCCAAGAUAUCGUUCUCUUAGAGAUCCUCUUCCACCUUGUGAAAGGUGUCGACGUGGAGAAGCUCUUCAAGGACGAAGAGCAAGCAGGCACCGACUACGCCAGCGACCUGGCUUCCAUAUUGAACAAGGAGAAAAUGGCACGAAGAGAAUACCAGAAAACCGCACCGACCCGCCACAGCAGAUUCGGCACGAUGAUAUGGGUCAAGCGAGACAAUGGCAAAAUGUCCACCGUUUCAGGACAACGCUCAUUGCGCGAUGACCAGCAAACCUUCGAAAAGAUGGACCAGAGCAAAAAAUGGAACAAGCCCAAACCCCGCCGCAAGCAACAAGACUCCACGCAAAACAACAAUUUCAACAUGCCUGUGCACUUGAAUCGCGAAGCAACCGAGCACCUGAGAACGUUCGUGGAAGAGUUUUUGGAUUCCGGCUUCAACCCCCUCUUCACACAUGUGCGCAAGGCGAUCGAGCGCGAGGCCGAACGAGUCUUGGAUAUCAAUACCCGGCAAUUCUUCUACACUGUCGGCUGGUUCCUUGAAGCGGAGCGCGUUCGCCGAGCUCGACAGACCCGCCGUCGCACUGCGCAGAACAGUGGGAAAGCAAAAAAUAUCGAGCCUGACAGCUAUGGCCUGGUUGCAGGUGUCCUGAACCAAGAGACAUUCAUCACUCUGAAUAGAUCCAUGCAGAGCAGCCUGGACAACAAGGAGUGGGAGGAUCUCAAUGCUCAGAUGCGUUGCUUCACGCAAAUCCUGCUGACCGUGCAAGAGAUGGCAGUAUCGCCGCUCGAGGAUGACCAAGAAAUCGCCGAGAAUAUUCAGAACCGCAUUUUCUACGAGGAAACGACCCACGACCGAAUCUUGGCCAUUGUGCGCGGAUACAAAGAUCAGAGUUUCGGAUAUUUGGAUUCCUGUACGGAAUUGGCACAUGUCUUCCUCCGGAUGUUGGAACGAUACUCGAAAGAUAAUGCCGAUAUGCAAAUUCGGUCGCGACGCAAGGCGAAGAGAAAGCAGAAGAAGGCUGAUAACGCCGAGGCGGAGGGCGCAGCUAACGACGAGCAAGAUUCCGAAGCAGAAGAGAUGGAGGACGCAGCUCAAGUUACCAAAGAGCGAAAUUUCGACUUCAAGCGGUUUGCAGCCAAGUUCUGCAACCAAGCUUGCGUGGAUACUUUCAUUGCAUUCACUGGCUAUUACAAGGAACUGAACUCUGAGCAACUUAAACGGGCCCAUCGGUACUUUUAUCGCAUUGCGUUCAAGCAGGAGAUGACUGUCCUGCUAUUCCGGAUGGACAUCAUUGCUCUGUUCAACCGGAUGAUCAAGGGCCCGGAGCCUAUGGACUCUACCAAAUCCGUGUAUAAGGAGUGGGAGGAACUUGUUCGGCAAAUUAUUCGGCGGUUGAUCAAAAAGCUUGACCAGCGCCCUGCCCUGAUCACAGAGCUUUUGUUCAGCAAGAUCAAUUCGACUGUCUACUAUCUUGAAUACGGACACGAAAAGCAAACCAUCUCAGCUUCCAAGAGACCGCCCGCAGAGGUUGUCAUCACAUCUACCGAGGCUACAACAAGGGAAUCGCAGCUCCGCAUUGUAGUGGGAGCACUUGUUCUUGACGGAAGGGCAGAUCUGGUGAAAUGGAUCAAGGACGUCCUCGACUCCGCGGCCGAUGAGCGAGAGGUAUGGGAGAUUCAAGAGGAGACUCGUCUCCUCGAGGAUCCUGAAAUUACGACAAUCCCCAACCCAAUGAUCACCGUGAAAAGCAAGGACGAUUUCGUCCAGAAUGCCAUGUUCUCAAAUGCGACAUUACGUCUACUCAUGAAAAUUGCUGGAUUCGAGCGACUGGGUGUUGAAGACGUGCUUGGUGCCGCCUGGAUUGUGCCAUCGUCUCUGAAGUCCGAAGACCUACGGAACACGCUCACUGAAAUUAAGAAAUCGCUCGAGACUCCAUUCCCAAGUGAUGGAGAUGAUGAUCCUCGCAAGCACCUGCAAAAGAAAGACCGAGGAUCCGGCCGAGGUGAAGCCCUCCAAGGCACGCUCGACGUGAACUUCGGAUCCGAAUCCGAAGGCGAAGACGUCCCAGAAGGCCCCCUCUUCCCAGCCAACCCACGAUCCAAAGCCAGCGCGCUAGACGAGCUAAAGAAGAAGCGCAAGAAGAAGACCAAGCCCAGCGCCGAGAGAGAUCCCCUCGAUGAAGGAACCCUGGAAGCACGACGCGAAGCCCGUCUAGCGAACUCUCUUUCCCGGCAAGCGAAGAUUAAAAGCGAUUUAUUCAUUCACGCAAGUGACGAGGAAAGCGACGCCGAAGCCGACAAGGAAUUUUUCCGUCUCGAGGAAGAACGCCGCAAGAAACAAGCUGCCGAAGUCAAGAAAGCCUUGCUCACUGGUCCCGGACACUCCGAAAAGACCAAAGGCAAGGGCAAGAAAGCCGCCGCGCGCAAGCGAGUUAGCGAUACAGGCGCCGGCACGGAUUCCAAGCGCCAGCGCCGCGGUUCUGCAUCCAGUGAUGUCCAGAGUGAUGCCGACGGUGACAUCCUCAUGGCGGAUGAUGCGGGAUCAUCUCACUCCCCGGGCGGGAUUGACGAACUUCUUGGACUGGGCGAGGAUGACGAUGACCUUGCCUUUGACGACGAUCUGGCGUUCAGUCGGGACCGUCCGAGUAAGCCUGAAGUCUCGGACCAAGCCUCGGACCCUGAGGAGGAUGCACCGGUGGCUUCGACGCGGAGACGUAUGCGUGGAGGAUUUGUAAUUGAAAGCGACUCUGAGUAA